AUGAGUGCCCCACCAUCAUCGCCACUGCCAGAGAACCAGCCUGGCAGCGCGACGCAGAGCGAGCCAAGUCCGACGCGGAAACGCUCUCAUUCGGAAAUGGUGGCAGGACAACAGGGUGCUCGACGCGCCUCGCCCGUGGAAAUCUCUUCAACUCACUCAAGUUCUGAUGACACGGAAGAAGACUCUACCAAAGUGACAUCAACCCCUUCACGCAAGAAUGGCACUCGCGCGGAAGGACAGCGCGAAACACGAGUCCAAAUUGAUGACGAUGAGCUGGAUCCAGAGCAGCCUCUAGAAGAAUUCGACUGGGAAGAGCUGGAGAAGAGGUACCACGAAGCAAUAGGUCAGAGGAACAAAGAAGAUCAGCAGCUGUACGAUGAUUUUCAGCGGCUUAUGACAUUCUUUGAGCUCUGGAUUGGUACUACUCCACGUCACGAAACCGACCGGGGCUUCAUCCGACUGCGGACGCGCAUGGCUCACGUCCAGAACUCGGAAAACGAAUUGGAGAAGAAAAGGGAGCACUACACAAAAGUCGUUCAAGCAUUUGAAAGUGCGCUUCGCCUUCUCGAGGGAUGA